UUGUUUGACAAAACAUUUUGAAUCAUUCAAAGAGUUGUCAGUUUAGUAAAACAAUACAACAAUUUUAAUAAUGAAUUCAUUUCUAGUCAUAUCAUUGGCUGUCGUGGCACUGGUCGGUGGCAUUCAAGCAGUCAAUAUCAAGGAUUGCGGUUCAAUUGACGGAACCGUUGUGUCGACCAAAGUUAACGGCUGUUCCGAUAGCGAUGAACGGUGUGUUUUCCACGCGGGAACCGAUGCAGGAAUUACUGUCAAAUUUGAUUCACGUGUUGACUCCAGUAAAGCAACAACUAAACUAUGGGGUGUUAUUGCCGACGUUCCCAUCCCGUUCCCAGCUAUUCAUCCUGAUGCUUGUAAGGACGGUGGUGUCCACUGCCCAAUCACUAAGGGCUCGCACCAGGAGUUGAAUGUCCAGAUGAAAGUCGAACAGUCCUACCCUAAGGUCGAACUUGUUGUUAGAGUUGGUUUGGAGGACUCGGACGGCAAACUAGUGUUAUGUCAGGAAAUACCUGCUGUUAUUAAGGCAUAAAUUUCACAAAUAAUAGGACUUUAAAAUAUAUUUUAUUUAUUGUAUUAAAUCUGAUCAUUUAAUAUAUAUAUAUAUA